UUAUUCUGUCAAAUUCCACAGCUUCAACCAAUCUUCCAGGAGCACCGAACGAUGACUACUUUCGUUCUCUACUCUCAUUUCCUUCCAUCAAGGACACCUUCAGCUCUCAGGCUCUCUAAUACCCCUAUUUUCUAUACUUCCUCUUCACCAAACCCCAACCAAUUCCUUCUUCCCAGAAAGUCCCUCUCAAAACCCGGAAUUCUCUGCUCUUCUUCAAAGGAUGACAACAACCCCAGCAACUUUUGCAUCAUUGAGGGGCCAGAGACGGUUCAGGAUUUUGUUCAAAUGCAGCUGCAGGAAAUUCAAGACAACAUAAAGAGUAGGCGCAAUAAAAUAUUCCUUCUCAUGGAAGAGGUGAGGAGAUUACGCGUACAACAUCGCUUAAAAGGUAUGCAAGUCAUCAAUGAGGACGGAGAAGAAGCGUAUGAGAUGCCCGAAAUUCCAUCAUCAAUUCCCUUUCUUCCGCAUGUGACACCGAAGACCUUGAAGAAGAUCUAUCUAACAGGCUUAUCCUUGAUAUCUGCCAUAAUUGUAUUUGGUGGGCUUAUUGCACCAACGCUGGAGCUAAAAUUAGGUUUGGGUGGUACCUCAUAUGAGGAUUUCAUAAGAAGCAUGCAUUUGCCUCUGCAAUUAAGUCAGGUUGAUCCAAUUGUGGCAUCAUUUUCUGGUGGGGCAGUGGGUGUUAUAUCAAUAUUGAUGUUAAUUGAGGUUAAUAAUGUUGAGCAGCAAGAGAAAAAAAGGUGCAAGUAUUGCCACGGAACUGGAUACUUGGCCUGUGCCCGCUGUUCUUCUAGUGGUGUGUGCUUGAACAUUGAUCCCAUCUCAGUAUCUAGUGCUACUGACAGGCCAUUGCAAGUACCUACAACCAGAAGGUGUCCAAAUUGCUCCGGUGCUGGAAAGGUUAUGUGUCCGACAUGCCUCUGCACGGGGAUGAUGAUGGCAAGUGAACAUGACCUGCGAAUUGAUCCAUUUGACUAGACCAGAUUUGGGGACUCCAAGUUCUUUAGAUUUCAUGUAUCUUUUCAGUCAUACUUUACAAAUCCCUCAUCUGAAAGUUGAAAGAGGGAAAAAAUGUUGUGUAGAGGGAAAAAUAAACAUCAUAACCUCCUGGUUUUUCCUUUUUCUAUUGAACGAAAUGCAAAAAGUGUUUCAUUGGAAUGUUUUAACAGAACAUAAUAACAGCAUAAUUUUGGAAUA